AUGAAGGUGAGAGAGAAGAAGACAGAAGCAUCGGUCAAAUAGACAGUAAAAUAAAGGUCAAAUGCAACGGGACAGGUCCUGUUUGACAUUUCUGAAUUUUCUUCUCCGGAACAGUAGAUGUCGCUAAACUUUGUUCUAACCGUUGUAAUCCAACGAGGAAGAACAAAUGCACAACAGGGAUAAAGUCUCUGCAUGCAGCUAGUUUUUUUCUGGAUAUUGUGGAGAUUUGAAUCUGGAGCAUUUUCCGAAUGCAUAACACUUAAUGUCAUUGCUGUGUAAUAUGCAGUAAGCGUUAUUGGAUUCAGUAGACCUUAAAUGUAAGAAAAGUUCGAAAUGUGUGAAGACUCGUGAUGUUGCUGACAGCAGUUUUAUGCACGUGUUGGCUAACGUUACAAUGUAAAGUUGCAUAACACAGUGUUAUUUAAAGUUAUACAAACUAUGGUAGAUACUGAACAAUGUACCUAUAAUCACAGCCUCGAUUUCGAGAUAGGUGUCCAUACGUGUAAAGUUGCGUUAUUUUGCUCGCCAAGUUAUCGCAGAUGGAUGUGUCCGACGGCGUCACACAGAUGGACUUGACAAAUGGCAAAAAGAGAAUGGACACAGUUGAUAGUGGCGAUUGUGUGACAUCUGCAAUGGGUGUCUCCCAUGUAUCAGAGAAGGAUCCCUUAGCUGGAAUCCGUAUGUGCGGGUCGACGCCUCUUUUGUGGCGUGUUGCCGAUCUAAAGAUUGCCCGACAAGCCGGGGUCAUCGGAUCUUUGGUGGGCUCGCUUGCCCGACAGCCACGACAAAACACUCGGCUGGGUCGACCGCUGGAACUUCUGGACGAGGAAGCACGUCUGCUGGCUGAAGAAGGGAAAGCAAAAGUCUUAGUAGCAAGAAAUGUAGAGAUAGCAAAGGACCACUCGGAGCGAGUUGAACAGUACCAAGAGGACCUUGAGCGCAGUCACAAAGUGCAGAGUGCUCUUGCACUCCAGGACAGGAAAGCGGUUCUAGAAAGGGUCAUGAAUGACUCACAGAACGAGGGCACAGUGCGGGAACGCUUGGAGGCUCUGGAUCGGGACUUCUCUCUUCCUGUAUCUGCCAUGACCAUUCAGAUGUGCACUGCCCGAGCAGGUCUCGGUUACCUCAGUGACGAGCGAGACUUCCUGGCCGCCAGCUGGCCGGUGCAGCAGGACGAGCGCUCACAGACGAAAUUCGUUGUCUACAGGGACCUGCGUAGGAGAGGGUUCUGCCUGACCUCAGCAGGAAAGUUUGGUGGAGACUACCUGGUGUACCCUGGUGACCCUCUCCGUUUUCAUGCUCAUUUCAUUGCCCUCUGUGUUGCUAUGGACACGGCAACUCCUCUCUGCGACAUCUUGGCGAUGGCCCGACUCGGCUCAAACGUUAAGAAGACAGUGGUGCUUUGCUCACCCCGCGCUACACAACAGCAAUCAAACGAGAAGGAACAGGAAGAGAAGGAAGAUGAAGAUGAUGAAGAAGAAAGAGAAGAAGGUGGUGAUGAUUACGAAGAGGAGGAAGAUGAAGUGGUGUACACAUCCCUGCAGUGGAGUGGAAUGAGCUGAGAGCACUGCUAACUGGCCACGGACCUGUUUGCAGUCACACAGAGGACCACUUGGAGCGAGAAGUUAAUUCUGCUGGGCCUCCAUUUUCUCUUCAUGAUCUGGUUUUGAUCUGAAUCUCCGUUCAGUUAGACUCAUCUCUUAGCUCCUAUAUGGAUUUAUUCAGACUUUGAUGAAUGUGCCUCUGAUAUGCAAAAUGUCACAGACUGGACUGGAUUUUUGACAAAUCUAUACACAAAUAAUGA